UUGCCUCCCCCCCCCCCCUUCCAAGGCCGCCUAACUACUUCUGAGAUCUCUACGAUUUAAAACCAAACGAAACCAAGGCAAAACGGUUUGGGCUUGGAGGGAGGCGGGGGCUAGGGGUGGAGUGGGAAGAAACCCACCGAAAUGGAGGUAGCUACGGACCAGCCACGCUGGAUGGCCCAUCACGCCGUGCUGAACGGGCAGCACCCGGAGACUCAUCACCCGGGACUGGCUCACAACUAUAUGGAACCGGCGCAGCUCCUACCUCCGGACGAAGUGGACGUCUUUUUUAACCAUCUGGACUCCCAGGGCAACCCGUACUACGCCAACUCAGCCCAUGCGAGAGCCAGAGUGUCCUACAGCCAGGCACACGCCCGUCUGACCGGCGGCCAAAUGUGCCGGGCUCACUUGCUCCACAGCCCCGGCCUGCCUUGGCUGGACAGUGGCAAAGCGGCGCUCUCGGCGGCCCACCAUCACAAUCCGUGGACGGUGAACCCUUUCACCAAGGGGCCCUUGCACCCUUCGGCAGCCGGCGCGCCGCCCGGCGCCAUCUCGGUGUAACCCGGAGGCAGCAGCUCGGCGUCCAGCGCGGCCUCGGCCUCCUCGCUCACGCCGGCCUCGCACUCGGGCUCGCACCUCUUCGGCUUCCCGCCUACGCCGCCCAAGGAAGUCUCGCCAGACCCCAAUGCGGGGAGCAGCGCCGCCUCGCCAGCCUCGGCUUCAGCCGGCGGCAGCAGGCAAGACGACAAGGAGCCCCUCAAGUACCAGGUCGCCCUGGCAGACGGCAUGAAGAUGGAGAGCGCCAGCCCGCUGCGCAGCAGCCUCGCCGCCUCCAUGGGCGCGCAGCCUUCCACGCACCAUCCUAUCCCCACCUACCCUUCCUAUGUGCCCGCCGCCCACGACUACAGCGGCAGCCUCUUCCACCCGGGCAGUUUCCUCGGGGGCCCCGCUUCUAGCUUCACCCCAAAGCAGAGGAGCAAAGCCAGGUCUUGCUCAGAAAGAAAUCCGGUUUCUUCGUGUUUCCAUUUAGAAGGCAGAGAGUGUGUCAACUGUGGAGCUACUGCUACCCCUCUCUGGAGAAGAGACGGUACUGGGCAUUACCUGUGUAACGCCUGCGGGCUCUACCACAAAAUGAACGGUCAAAAUCGACCUCUCAUUAAACCUAAGCGGAGACUGUCAGCUGCUAGGAGAGCAGGAACUUGUUGUGCCAACUGCCAAACCACCACCACCACUUUAUGGCGACGUAAUGCCAACGGGGAUCCAGUUUGUAAUGCCUGUGGACUGUAUUACAAAUUGCACAAUGUAAACAGGCCUCUGACCAUGAAGAAGGAAGGGAUUCAGACCAGAAAUAGGAAAAUGUCCAACAAAUCCAAGAAGAGCAAGAAAGGCUCUGAAUGUUUUGAGGAACUGUCGAAAUGCAUGCAAGAGAAGUCCUCUCCUUUCAGUGCUGCUGCCCUGGCUAGUCACAUGACACCAAUGGGCCACUUGCCACCCUUCAGCCACUCUGGACAUAUCCUCCCAACUCCUACCCCCAUCCACCCAUCUUCCAGCAUCUCAUUUGGACAUCCACAUCCAUCCAGCAUGGUUACAGCUAUGGGAUAGAAUUCAAUGAUUCUCACGGACUUCCAGCACUGGGGGCUUUGCCUAAGAUGACAGGAAGGAAAGCCUUUGCCCAGGAAAGAGAAUGCAAGGAAGAAAGGAAGGAAAGCAAAAGGGGAUCUUGUUCCAGCAUAAUUCAGCUCCUAGUGCUAAGUGGAAACUUUGCAAUGAUGGGUCUUCUGCAGAAAUGCUUAAUGGUGCCUGUUAUGCACUUUGCUCCCUCAGGUAAAAGGAGAAAGAGGAACUCAUCUGUUUGAUACGAUACCUGCUUGCCCCAGUGGAAAGGAAAGAUGGCCGAAGUAGCGAAAGAAACUGGAGCCAGCUUUCCUUUCUGUUCGUUCAUUACUGUGAAUAUUGUAAAGAGAUUAGCCAUCUCCUGAAGCAGAGGAAGUUCAGUGGUAGCCACCCAUGCUGGAUUUCUAUCUUGGAUUGUGUUUUGUGUGGAGGAAAAAUGGACAACUUUAUUAAAAAAAAAAAAAAAAUCUACUUUUUAAGAAACCAGUCACAAAAAGAAAUCAUUAUUUAUUUUGCUCUUGUGUUCUAGAAAGAGCUUCAAAACUCUUGCAUGAAUUUAUGGAUCUUUUAUUUUAUUUUUAUUUUGUUUAAAGAAAUGUCCAACCUAGUAGAAAACAGUUUUUCUAAUUAUUAUUAUUAUUUUUAUUGCUUAAUGGCCACAUUUUUGUUUCUCUUCAUUGCUGUUAGAUUUUUUUUUUUAAAAAAUCUACUAGGAAGGGGAUGUAUGUGAGAGAGGGAAACGGUUGGCUUUAAUGUUGGUUACAAUAGCCUCAGACAUGGAUUAUUUAGACAUAAUUUCUGCAGUCUCUUUCUCGUUAUGAAUAUCUUGACGUAAAAAUGUGGCAUUCAACAAGAGAACAGAUACACUGGACAAAUGGCUAAAAGGUUUUCCACAGGGAACAAUCUUGCCAUGGUUGGAGAGUAAAACAGAGGGAGUCUGGAUGUCUUUCUCAUCAUACUUCUCCUAAGAAUGUUUGUGCGCAGCUAGUGGGCUGAUAAGGGGCAUUCCCACCUCAAACCAUUUGGCCUGCCCCAAAGGCCUCUCCCUUGCGCUCUCCAGUGGCAAGUCAGCACAGACAUCAGGCAGCUUUUCAUAACUGAUUUCAUUGCCUUAGCCCAGACUUCCCCAGCUUGGUGUCCUCUCCCUGGUUAGGUGCAGUUACUGUCUCCUCAACCAGCAUGAUUCAUGACCAUUCUGCUGGAGAGCAAGGAAGUCCCAAGACUUCUUGCUGCCUGAGGCUGAGAGAGGGAUUGCUCUCUCCCCAUUAAAUGCAUAGGAACCAACUGGAUCACUAGGUGGACCUUAACAAUAAUGAUGUGGGGCCCCCAACCCUUCACCUCCUUCCAUGGCUCAGUCUGCUGUGUUGAAAAUCUGCAAUAAUAUCUUGCAUUAGGAUCCAUAAAUUCUUUUCCAAAAUGCUAGGCAUCUCUGCCAUUCAGGUUGAUGCCAAUUGCCUGUAUUAUGCAAAGACAGUUUAACGAGAUAGUGAACUGCCUUAUGCAGACCAACCAACCCAGCGCUGGCCAUUGCAGCAGCUAUCCUCUGCAGCUUUUCCUUUCUCUUCUGUAAGAUUGUUUAAUAGGAGAUGCCAAGUAUUGAAGCUAUGAAACCUUUGAUGUACAAAGCAUCUAUGCUGCCAGGUAGUUGUAGCCCUUUCUCUAGGGCAAUGUUUUUUUGACCCUGGCAACUUUAAGGUAUGUAGACUUCAACUCCCAGAAUUCCCAGCCAGCUUCCUGGCUGGGGAAUUUUGAGAGUUGAAGUGCAUAUAUCUUAAAGCUGCCAAGGUUGAGAAACACUGCUCUAGGGAACUGUAUUCUUAGAUUUAACAUAUAAUUUCAGGUCAUGGCAGGAGAAGGAAAACCCUUUUAAGCUGAACAACCCUGAAAGGAUCCAUCAUGGUGGUUCAGUUUAAUCUGUUUUGUUAGGAGAUUUGCCCAAGAUGCAUAAACGUAUAGAGCAAACAUAUUAACACUUUGUCCAAGCAGAGAUAGAAUUUGCCACCUGUAGGCACGCAUGUUGUGACAAGUGAUCUGCUUGACAAGAGGUGAAAAGCAGAAAGUAAAUGAAGAUCUGCGAGACAGGGGUAAGAGAAAGAGAUAUUUUCGACUCUUCUGACAGGUCAGACGUAGCAACAGCAAGGGAGCGCGAUCUGCUCAUGGGGAAAAUGGGGUAUAUGGUUUCCUAUAGCAUAUAUAUAUAUAUAUAUAUAGAUUUGUUUUUAAAGAAAAUCACAAGUGUUCAAAAACAAAGUUGUCUCCCAUUCUGAAACCAUACUGUACGUAAAAAGCUGAAAAAUAAAGCUCUUGCCAGUGUGAAAUGUAUUCUAUUGAUUGUUAUGAUCUGAUGACUUUCAUGAUCACGAGGUCCAAUAUAACAUAUGAUGUACAUAUUUAGCUAUAUUUCUGAUGAAAAAAAAAAACGACCCCAGUUAACGGAGGGGUUUGAUAAUGUAAAUCGCAUAAACUUAACUCUGUGGCAAGUUUUUAACUGUCUUUUUUUUCAGUGUUUUUUUUUUUAUUGGAACCCAACUGUAUCUUUAACUGCAAAAGUCUGCUAAAAACAAAAAUCCAGGUGUACAUUGUUUUUGUUUCCUCCUAAAUCUAAUUCAGUUUUUGGUAAAAGAACAAAGGACCGAGCAUUCCAAGCAAAAUGCCUUUCCUCGCUUUUCUAGUUUGUGUAGGCAUAAUGUAGCUGCCCUUUGUGAAGAAGUAGAAAUGACAAAAAAAGCCCCAUCCCCCCCCCCAAAACAAAGACAAAAAAAGCCCCACAAAACAACAACAACAACAACCAAAACUGAAAGAAAUUCCACCUGGGCUAAAUUUUAAUUUCUGUUAACCAAGAUGGAAAUUAUUUACUCCUUUUCCUUUAUUUGGGUGCAUGUGUGUGUGUGUAUGUGAGGAAAGGGAAUGUUUAACCUACAUGGUACAGUUAUCCACCUUUUGUAGUGACCAGCUCAAAUUCCGUGAGGGUCGGAAGUGGGUGGGAGUGGCUGGGUGAGAGAUUGAGGGAGAUCAUAAUGCUAGGAAACAAACCCGCCCAGUGCUACUGCUGCUGUGUCAAAGGCGAGGCCUGCUCACGCCCACCUUUUAAGAAGACCAAGGCUGCAGAUCAGGAACGCUUGCUGGACCGAGUCCAAGGUUGACAAAGUGCAAUAGAUUGUCAGUCACUGCAGCAUAGAAGAACCGCAGUCAGGAUUUAAAUUAUUUUGUACUUGUAUCAGCAUAAAGAUUUGGCAGUAUUUUCUGUUGUUUUUUUUUUUUAAUUGGCUUAAUUUUUGGAUUAGUGAACUAAGUUAUUGUUAAUUAUGUACAACAUGUUUAUAUAUUGUCUGUAAAAAAUGUAUGCAUCCCUCAUAUUCCUUCAAGGUGAAUACUGCUAAGAAUAAUAAUAAU